CUUUAAGUACAUUGAGAUUAGAGGAACGUUAGGAAGAAACUAUUGAUUAGUCAGCAGCAUCAUAACCCAUAAUUAAAACCUCCUUAAUUAAGCUAGAGCUAAUAAUUAACCUCACUAAAAAUAUUCAAUGCUUCUCUUUGUUCAUGGCCUCUAUAAAACCAUUUUCCUCGCAGAAGAAAUGAAAAAGGUUAGAGACAAAAUAAAAACCCAAAUAAUUUCAAAAUAUUUGUUUAGAUAAUAUUUUGAUCGGAUGGGGUUCUUACACAAGCUGUGGGAUGACACGGUGGCCGGACCAACUCCGGAAAAUGGUCUGGGGAAAUUGAGAAAGCAUGUUUCGUUAGCCACUGUCCAACCUCCUCCUCUCUCCACCGAUCAAGUCACAAGAAGCAUAGUCGUUACCAAGGGGAAUAACAAUGUUCGUGGGCUCCGGAAAUUGAAGAUGGGUCUGGGUCGUGCUCCGGAUUCUCCGACCGGGUCAAGUAGCACGCCGGGAUCGCCUCUAACCCCUGGAACACCAUGUGAUCACUUUGGACCAUUCAGCGCAGAUAAAAUCCCAUCCGCCGGUGAAGUUGAUGCCUCAAGUCUCACUACUUAUGAAUGGAUUGUGAUAAACGCAUUGGACCGUUGAAAACGACGAGAAAGAGAGAAAAUCUCUAUGGGUUUUUGUUUGUAAAUAUUAAUCACCUAUGCAUGUAAUUAUGUAAAUAUUUACUGAUAUGGUAACUGUUAAAUAAUGUCUAUUUUUUAACAAUGAUUUAGUAUUAUAUAUAACAAAACAUAAAAUUAUUACAUAAAAGUCAAAAGACAAAUACCUGGACCAAGUUUACCAUUACAAAACUACAAUACAAGACACUUACUACUCCCUCAGACAAACAACAUGUCUAGUAGAACCCAAACCAAACUCCCUUUUAUUUCAAUUUUUAUUGCUUGGCCUAACAAGCCAAGUAAUAAGACUCAUAGGUUACAAACCAAGAAGCAUACAUA